CCCUAGUUCUCUUGCAUAACCAAAUCAGUCCGUUGGGCACAGGACCAAUCUGUGGUGGUGGCGGCAAACUCCGGCGGCAGCACAAAUCUCCGGCGGCGGCAGACGGCGGCGGAUUUCUGACAGAUCGCGGGAACCGUUUUGGAAGAGAAAAAAUCUGGUCGCCGGCAGUCUGGUGGCAGGCGGCGGUCUGGCAACCUGGGCAGCUUGGGGGGCAGCUGCUCCAGCCCUAUAAGGAAUGCAGUAGCAGUGAAGAAAAAAAGGAUGAAAGCAGACAGAUGGUUGUAGAAGAUAAAUGUGCAGAGAAGAAAACAGCCGCCAUUUACAAAUUUGGGGGAUUUGGGCUGCUGCAGUCGACACUGUUAUUUGUGGCACACAUAAACACCCACUAUAUGGCGGACGCAAUAAGCGUACACCCUAGCUAAGAAACCACACACAUUUGUAUUGCCUGAGUUCGUUAUGUCUUCCAUCCUAAAAUCUCCAAGAGUACUAAGGCACGCCUGAUUGCAUAAAGGCAUUGUACAAUUUUA